GUGCCGGUGAAAGACGCAACUUUUUUUUUUAAAUCAAAAAUUUCCCUCAGCCGAGAAAAAAGUAAAAAUUCGCGCGUAAAAAAAAUAUUUUUUUUGUGUGUGUGUUUGUCUAAUCAAGAAAAACGAACGAAAUAAAUCAGUGAGAGACGUGGCUGCAUACGAUAUAAUUUUAUUUACUGCCGUCAUUAUUUUCUAUCAAUAGAAAAAGUGAGCAAGAAAAAUCAUGAAAAAUGAGAAACAAGCCGAUAAUUGAAUUAAUAUGUUUAUUAAUGAUUAAAAGUUUCAUACUAAUCCAGUAACAUUAUUAUCGUAUAGUGAAGUGAAAUGGCAAAUUGCUGUACACAAAAUAAAGAAACAUCUUGCUCGAUAGAAACAAAACGUUGAAAGGAAAGAGGAAGUAAAAGUUUUUUUUUCAACAUUCAAAAAUAAUACAUGAUGGUAUACAGAAUGAACGUGCUUGAGAAAACUCUGUAAAUUAUAUUAAAACGAGUGAAGGCAAAGUUCCAGCAAAAAAUAUAAUAAAAAUCCUUAAUGAAAUAAAGAAAGGAGUGAAAUGAAAUCAACAGUGUAUCAUUAUUAUAGUCCAAAAGGAAAGAGUAAAUGUACGAGAACUUUUACAGUUAAAAGCUGGACUCUAAUAAGUGCAAUUUAUUCAUUGAACAUUUCGAUACUUGUUGUGCUUCUGUAUUCAUGGCAAAUCAGUGUUAACAUGAAGAAAUUUCAAAGCUUAGGCGAUGUAUAUUACGGAGUGCAAAUUGCUUAUUAUGCAAUCAUCUUUACACAAUUUUCCAUGAUGGUGCUAAGCGUGUUGUUAGCAAUUGGCACAUAUACUGAGAAUGCUGGUCUUGUGGUGCCAUUUGUAAUUGGAAUGUUAACAUUCAUGUCAUUUGAAGCGUUAGGUCUUGUGUACGCAAACGUGCUAAAGGAUCAAAUAUUUGGGGUAAUGAAAUGCGCAUUCAUGCUUGACUCGUACGAUGCGAAAACAUCAACAACAUAUUCGUACUGCGAUGAAGAUAAUGAGAUUCUUAAUAUUGAUGCAAAUAAAAAUGAAAGUUAUUUGAUUGACGGUGACAGUUGCUGUCGCAAACGACUUCCACCAUUAUCGGAUAAUGAGGAUGACGACGAUGACGAUGUUAAUGACACGACAGAUAAUGAGGAUUAUUCCGAUGGCGAGAGACAUGAAAUGAGACGAAUUUGUGUAAAAAGAAGAGAUAGUGAGACAUUUAUUGAAGCUGUUGCAUCUGUGUGA